AUGGAUUCAAACAUUCAAUGGUAUUUCAAUCCAUACGAUCAAGUACAACCAUUAAGACAAAACGAAAAUCCACAACAAUAUCAACCAAUACCUGUUGUUAGUCAACCACCUUCUAAUCGUGUAUGUGAGGAUAUUCCAUAUCCUAUUGUACAUAAACUUCUUUUGAAUGAUCUCUUUGAUUUUGGAUAUGAAGGUGCACCAAAUAUAGAUCGACUUGUGUAUCAUCUCAAUAAUGAAGGUCGUCUUGCUGAAGAAACUUGGCGUCAUCUUCUAUCUCAAGCCAAAAUAAUAUUUUGUCAAGAACCUAACAUAAUAUUUCUUCCACGUGGUUGUACUAUUGUUGGAGAUAUUCAUGGACAAUAUUAUGAUCUUUUGACAAUAUUCGAGUUAGGUGGUCCAUUGGA